AUGAUUGGGCUACAAGGCUUAAGCGUUGUCCUCUUACUCACUGGUCAAGCUAUUGCCGCUACUAUACCUUCAGAAUCGAACACAGGUCUCGAGGCUCGUGGAAUGCCAGCACGUGUUACCUGCAAAGUCAGCACCGGUACUUUUAUCUUUACUGUACAACAGGCCCGCGAGGAGUACAAUCGAGUGAAAGGUCUCUAUAACCCGAGCACUCAGAAAUAUCCCACCAAGAGCGGUUAUCCCCACGAGUUCAGCAAUUUUGGCAACAUCAAGUUCGGCGACACUGCCUGCAAUUCAAAGAAGCACCCGGUCAAGAUUUACGAAUUUCCGAUCUUUCAGCGCUCGUCUGAGGGCACUGGAGCGGUGCAUUUUGAUCCCAACAAGUCAAAGUCCGACCAAGCUAAUAAGCCUGGAGAAUGUCGUGUUGUCUUUACGGCGGAGAACGGGCAUCUUUGCGGCGUUAUGUGCCAUAGGAGCAUGACGCCCGGUGGCGAUCAAGGAUUUGACAAAUGCACUGCCUAA